AUGGGAGAAAUCCCGCCGUUUGCAACUGCCAUGUCACGGCCGGUCGGCUGCAGCUCUCGCCUCGCUGGCGGCGCGGUCUGGUGCCGCGGCGCCCAGCUCUCCUGUGGGCUCGCGGCGGCUCGCCGCCGCGGUGCCAAACAAUGUAAUCGGUCCAGAUUCGUCCCGGCGUGCCGCCGGUGCCGCUUCCUCGCCAAUUUUUGGCUCGACCAGUUUGUCGACAAAACUGUGCCAGAGCCCCUGCUGCUCGACUGA